AUGAAGAACAUUGCCAAAAACAGUCGGGUGUACGUCAUCGCAAAUCUGUCGACGAAUCACGAAGGAAACUCGAAGCUGGCCUGCGAACUGAUCGAAACUGCAUGCAAAUGUGGCGCGGAUUAUGUAUUAAUGGAACUUGACGAAAAUUCCAAUCCAUUUACUAGUGAAGAUAUCACAAACUUUCAUAAGUUGGCUCAAGAUAAUGGGGCUGUUUUCACGACCAAAUCGUUAGUGAAUUCAAUUCGUCAAAUUUCUCCAAUCCAGCAAUUUAAGGAUAUAAAUAAUGACGAGGAUGAAAUAAGUAGUGACUUGCAACUAGCGUUUCCUUCGAUUCCAGAAAAGGAUUUUUCCGAAGAUCGUAAAUCAUAUGAAACCGUCGAUCUAGUGGAAAAAAUACAACAAAAAUUUCCCAAACACGAACUUCAGUUUUGGGAAUUUCAAGAAAUGAGCACCUGUCUUCCAGAAGUGGUUAUUGCUAUCGGAAUAAAAGCGAUAUCUUGCAAGUUUACGUUGGACGAUAAAUCUAUCGGAUACGAUCACGCGAUGUCUAUCUCUACUCGAGACUUCCGUACCAUGGUGACUAAUAUUAGGACAGUUGAAGUUGCGUUAGGAACAGGGAAAAAAGACAAACUCUCCCCAUCUGAACUGCCAUGUUUCAAAAAGUUAUUCAAAAGUGUUGUAGCUGCAAAAAAUUUAGAACGUGGAUCCAUAUUAAAAGCGGAAGAUAUGAAAAUCAAAGUUAGUGACACACAGAGCAUGUGUGGAUUUUACUUCCCAGUAGUAAUCGGUCGACAGCUAUUAUCUGAAGUUGAUGAAGACGAUCCAAUUUUUGUUUCUGAUUUUGAUGGACUGCAACAUUAUACUCAUUAUAUGCCGUACGAUGAUCCAGUACCAGAGUAUACCGACUAUAUAACUGAAAUCAAUCUGGGCCGAUCCAUACAUUUUAAAAGCCCAUGUUAUAUUAUCGCUGAAAUAGGACAAAAUCAUCAAGGUGAUAUAAUGAUGGCUAAAAAAUUGAUCAAAUUGGCCAAAAAAUGUGGCGCGGACUGUGUAAAAUUUCAAAAAAGUUGUAUAGAUGAAAAAUUCACGUUGUUGGCCAGAAAUAGACUGUACAACAGUAAAAAUUCUUUCGGUACGACUUACGGAGAACACAAACACUUUCUAGAGUUCACUGAAGAUCAAUAUAAGGAACUGAGGAGAUAUGCUGUAAAAAAAGUCGGAAUUCAUUUCACUGCAUCAGCAAUGGACCCGGUUUCAUUCGAUUUCAUCGUUAGCCUCAAAGUGCCGUUUGUGAAAAUCGGUUCGGGCGAAUCAGGCAAUGUAAUGUUAUUGGAAAAGGCGGCCAAAGCUUACGUUCCGUUGGUCAUAUCUACCGGCAUGCAGACGCUCGCCGACAUACGGAUCACUUACGAGACAGUCAGCCGGUACCAUAAUUAUUUCGCGUUGUUACACUGCGUGUCCGCGUACCCGACGCCACCGGAUGAGGCAAAUCUGAACAUGAUUAAGACGCUCCGCAAGACUUUUCCAAACACGAUCAUUGGUUAUUCCGGCCACGAAGUGGGCUCUUCUCUGACAGCUGCGUCAGUAGCACUCGGUGCAAAAAUUAUUGAAAGACAUAUCACACUAGACAGAAAUAUGAAGGGAUCGGAUCAUAUUUGUUCAUUAGACCCUUCACAAUUCAGCAAACUUGUUAGAGACAUUCGUUACAUCGAAAGAAAUUUAGCUAUUUAAUAAUUAUAUGCAUAUCUGUAUCACCUCAAAGUGUUCAUUUACAAUUUUCAUUGGUGCCUAAAUAUGGUAUUUUAAUUUAAUUGUUUAAAAAAAAAUAAGUCAAGGUAUAUAUAAAUGCUGGCAGGUAUUAUGUAGGAAAAUAAUAGAAAAAUUCAUUUUUAAACAACAUACUAUGUAAUAAUAUAAAAGUAGGUAUACUCUAAUUAUUCUUCAAUUAUUCUUCAGCCAUUCAUACACAAUAGCUUAACAGGUAUUUCUAUGCAUAAAAUAACAAACUAAUAAUUUUACUGAAAAAUACAACUUUAAGACUCAUAUGGUCUCCAAACUCACAUAACGCUCAAGCACUCACAAAGUUUCCUGCAAAUCAGAUCACAUCAAUAUGGUAGCUAAAGAAGAACAUUCCAAUCUCCUUACCAUAUGUACUUAACAUUGUACCUAUACUAUAUUCGACUUAUUUAGAUAUUUAAAUAUUUUACAUCAUCACAUCAUUACAUUUCGUUUACUUUAAAUUAUUUUAAAAUUUUUGAAUAGAAAUUGUUGUAAGUAAAAAAACGUAUCAUUACUAGCUGACUUUUAUCUGCCAUUUAUGUAUCUUAUAUUGUAUAGUAGUAUGUAUUAACACGUGUGCUCUUUGUAAAUUUCUAAUAUAAUUUUUACAUGUUUAGAUAUAGCUUAUGAUUUUUAUAAUGA